GUUAUCAAAACAGCAAUGCGUGCGCAUACGUACGAAGUUUUCUGCGAUUAAAAUAAUUCUUUGUAUGUAUGUACUCUUUAAAUGUUACCGAGAAUGCUUACGUUUUUAUUUUAAAGUUCGCUCCAAACCGAAAAGUAAACCCUUGUAUAGAGAAUUAGUGCUUUGUUUAUUACAGUAUUUGAAACAAAGAACGUAAAUAGUAAAAUGGUCGAACAUUCAAUUCCUUCCGAUAUUCUCGACGACCUUAGUAGUCGUUUUAUUAUUAAUGUACCUGAGGAAGAAAGGAAAGAUUUAGUUCGAAUAUGUUUUCAAAUAGAACUUGCACAUUGGUUUUAUUUAGACUUUUAUUGCACAGAAGAAAACCCAAAAUUAAAGACAUGUAGUAUGAAGGAAUUUGCUACACAUAUUUUUCAACACAUUCCAUUUUUAAAGCCACAUGUUCCAAAUAUAGAUACGGUUUUAGAACAAUGGAGAGAAUAUAAACAAAAUGUGCCAACAUUUGGUGCUAUCGUCUUAAAUGAAGACUUAACAAAAGUAUUAUUAGUACAAAGUUAUUGGGCUAAAAGUAGUUGGGGGUUUCCAAAAGGCAAAGUAAACGAAGAUGAAGACCCUUCGCAUUGUGCUGUUCGAGAAGUGUUGGAAGAAACUGGUUUUGAUAUAUCAAAUUUAAUAAAUAAAGACGAAUAUAUAGAAUCUGUUAUAAAUGACCAAAUUGUUCGACUAUAUGUAAUAUCAGGUGUACAAAAAGAUACAAAGUUUCAACCUAAAACUAGAAAGGAAAUAAAGAACGUUGAAUGGUUUUCUCUUGUUGAUUUGCCUAGUAGUAAGAAGGAUAUGACACCCAAAUUAAAGAUGGGAGUUGGACCAAAUGCAUUUUUUAUGGUUGUUCCAUUUGUAAAGAAAAUGAAACGUUGGGUACAAGAGAAGCAACAGCGUGAAAAAAAUCUAUCCAUAGCAAGGAGACAUAGGCAUAAGUCGUUAGGGGAUGUUGAAUCUAUUUCUAAAAGUAAACGCCAACAACAAUUAUUUUCUCAAGCAAUUCAAAACGAAGUUGUAGAUUCUAAAAGCGUUCGACAAUCGAAUACAUCGCCAGCUAGGAGUCGUCGUAGCUUAUACGAUAAUAAAAAUGCCUUAUCAAAAGGUGCAUUUAAGCGCAAUUUGUUUGGUGAACAAAGUGGUGAUCGUUCACCAUUCCCUCUAGCUCAACAGUUGACGGAGAGUCCACAGAGUCAACAGUCAUAUUCAUUUUUAAAUGACCCUGCUAUUCAAUCGGUUAAGUGCAAUGAUUUUAAUUAUAAAGGACGAAAAUCUGAUGAAGGAAUUAAAGGUUUAGCAGAAGGAAAUAUCAAAUCUUUAUUAUUUGGUGAUGCUACGCGUAAAUUAAAAACAGAUUUUAAAGCUAUACCUUCUCCGUUUACAAGUAUGGAACGUAAUAUGCCAACAUUUCCGCCACCAAUUCGCUUUAGGUUACAUGAAUAUUCAUCUGAAUUAUGCUCUAAAAUUUGGGUACAUUUUAAAUUUGAUAAACAGGCAAUACUCAAUUGCUUGUAAAAUAAAAAAUAUAAUCAUAUCGUGUAGACCAACAAAAAAAAAAUUUAAACUUACUGAUAAAUUCAAUACUGUAGUUUACUUUUUAUAAGUAUAUUUUCUCUUGAAAACAUAUUUCUAAGUAUAAGAUGUAUAAAAACUUUGAUAUGUUCUGUAGAUAAUAGGGUUGUAAUGGAUGGUAUUUCAUGUAGAUAUACACUUAUAAAAUAGUAUUUCUUGAAAUAGUCUUAAAAAACAUAUCUCAAAGAAAUUUGCAUAAAUUUUGAUUAUGUUAAAUUUAUCACCACAUUGCAUAUUUACUUACAGUAGUGCAAUAAAUUAAUGUCUUUAUAACUUUUUAUUUUGACAUUGAAUAUUUUAUAUAAUUUAGAACUAUAUUUCUAGCACUAUACAAAUAUAGUAAUAAAUGUAUAUUUUUUUAAUUGCAUUACAUGAAAAAUGAUCAAGUUUGCAUACAUCAAAAUAUGAUGGAGCAGUAUUUGAUAUUGUCUUUAACUAUUUUCGAAGUCUUCAUAUAAUUUUUUUAUUUCAUACAACAAAAGAAUUUUUGUUUUGUACAAGUUUACGUCAGGAUAAUUAUCGUUGGAAAAGUAAUGUAACAUUAUGUAGAUUUUUAUUUUAACUAAACGUUUAUCACAAUCCAUCUUAAUGUUAAAAUAUCAGUAAUGUAUAUGUGCUAUACGAUCACAAUUAAGAUCUUUACACUGCUUAGUAAAUUUUGUAUUUACUAAUAAAAUGUAGUCAAAUAUUU